UUAUUUUGGGACCUUCUUCCUGAUGGGUAUGAGUAUCACAUUUGCUCACCACCACAACAUAACUCUGGCGGCUUCAUCGCAGAUAUCCGUGUGGCCAUCACAACGGAAACAGAAGCUAAGAAAUGGAAGGAAAACUAUGUGGAGAAGACUAAACUAAAAUCACUGAAAUACCGCAAUGUUUCUGAUGAAACGGUUGAAGAUUUCAAGAAUUUGUUCUCAAGAGGUCAUUCCCCUGAAUCCGCUCUCAACAGGUUCAAGGUGAAUUGUAAGGUAUAA